UUACUCCACGUGUUUUAUUCCAGCAGGAUAUUUCAAGAUGAUAUGUAAAACGAUGGCCUUCGGUUGACGGACGGGUUUUAUUUUGUCCUUGAUUUCUCAAGGCGCAAGUAAAGUUCAAGCUUCCUCGUGUUGGAUAUUGUAUUCCACUGCGCAAACAUGCCUGACAAGAAGGAAUAUGACUAUUUGUUCAAGUUUUUGCUGGUGGGAGACAGUGAUGUUGGAAAAGAAGAAAUUUUAGGUGGCUUCGAAGAUGGUCGCAGUGAGAUGCCUUACUGCGGAGGGGGAGAUAAUGCCUACUUUCCUGCCUUCAAAACCAUGACAAUUCUACUGGAUGGAAAGCGGGUCAAGUUGCAGGUUUGGGAUGCAUCUGGACAGGGUCGGUUUUGCACUAUCCUUCGCUCAUACUCGCGAGGAGCGCAAGGAAUUCUUCUCGUUUACGAUAUCACCAACAAGUGGUCUUUCGAUAGCCUUGAUAGAUGGCUUCGAGAAAUUGACGAGCAUGCUCCUGGAAUUCCAAAAGUUCUGAUCGGCAACCGUCUUCACCUGGCGUACAAGCGCCAGGUUGGACCCUGCGUGGCAGCCCAAUACGCGAAGAAGAACGCUAUGACAUUCUUCGAGAUCUCUCCACUGUGUGAUUUCAAUGUGAUCGAAAGUUUCGCCGAACUUUCUCGGUUGGCUCUCAGUCGAAAUGGAAUGGAGCGUCUGUGGCGGUCAAACAAAGUCUUAAGCCUGGAGGAGUUAUGUUGCCGGACGAUAGUGUCUCACACAUCAGUCUACGGAAUUGACCAACUGCCAUUGCCCGUUUCCGUGAAGUCGGAACUGAAGUCUUACGCGAUGAUGUGUCCGAAAGUGCCUUACGUUCCGAGCUAUUUGAGCAAUGGCGCAGGCCGCAGUUCGAAGAAGUUCAAGUUGCCAUCGGGCUCGAGUCCGAAGCCGAAAACUGUCAAGCUGAGCCGCAGACAAGACUCGGCUUUGAUUCAGAGUCCCCUGUCCAAGGGUUGUAGCAUUUGCUGAUCCUCGGAAGCUCGUUUCGUCCACCAUACUUUUUGCUACGUUUCUAACAAGCACGUCGUCUUCUCGCAUUCGGGAACGAACUCGGGUGUUUGUCCUUUGUGCGUGGGUAUAUUGAGAGGGAACGAAUUUCGGAAGAACGUCUGUGAUGCAAAAUAUUUUGUUCAUUGUUUCGUUUCGUGUGUGGAUAAAAAUCGAAAUCAUUUCCUUGAGGAAAAGAAGAGCUUCUAUCGACUGCGCAGCAUUCAAUUCAUGUUCAAUCUACGUGUCCGAUGCAGUUGCUUGCUUUUGACAACUGCAAUUGCGCCUUCAGUUAUCGACCACAAUUCCCGCAUCUGAUGAUUACUCGCCCACAUCAUCGUAAAUUUCCGCAGUUUUAUUGGAAAACUCAGUUCUAAAGAUGCGACGGAAGUCAUGCUAUUUUCGAUCCCUGUAUGAACUUUCUCUAUUCACACAUCAGGAAUGUGAGGUUUUUCUCAUCAUGUGAAUCCAUCUUGGGGAAUAUUUCCAUUUCCCUCUCCAUUGAAAAGUUUGAAAGAAGCAUUACAACUCACUUCAUGAAAAUCAGAGAUUUUUUCCCUUGACAGAUUACAAAGUCGUACCCCCGAUAAAUGAAAAAUAACGCGGAAAUCAACGACGUAGGCUAGCAAUUGUUUCUUGAUGGUUGACCAACGUCAAGACGAAGAAAACAUGAAAUCCACAAAUUUAGUCUGGAAAACUCCUGAACACAACUGUUGAUAAAAACGUGGCUGCCGCAAAGAAAAAACGGCUUUUCAUUGGGAUUAAUGAAGGAACUGGAAAAUUCUUUUUGCGCCUAAUUAAGGGCGCCAUAUGAACCAUUUUCGAACCGAAAAAAUUGCAUGACUAUUGUAGC